CUACUUCACUAUGUCAUUCUCGACCUUAUUGCGUUGGAAUUAGGGUUGGGCAAAAAACAUGCGCUUGCGUCGAAUACGCGUCAGUCGCAACUCCGCAAUUGUGAGGAACGGUCGUGUUUUGAAUAAAAUAUUUAGUGUAAAGUUUGUAAUUUCAAAAUAGAAUGUGUUAGUGGUUGACUAUGGAGAAAUACUGGAUUUGCUUGCUUCUGUUGGCGGCCGGCGCAGUAAGCGCGCAACAAAACGAUGAUGACAGCUACCAGCAACUGGACUACAGAGACUACGACCAGUACGAUUACUUCGGGCCUGAGCUCCACGACGAUGUCCUAAGUCUACCAGAAGCCAAAGACGACAAUAAUCUUCCUGAAGACAACGCCAAAGAGAAGUUUGAAGCGGAUUACCAGAUAGAAGAUAACCGAUCUGCUCAAAAUGUGGACGAACUUAACGAUGAGAGUGAAGAAAAUGGUGACGGUGAUGAAAAUGGAGACAGUGAGAAAGAUAUUGAACAACCUAGUGCGGAUGAGACCGUAAAUUCUGCCGAAAAUGUAGCAAAUUUAAGUACAGAAGACCUAGAAGUGAAAUCAGCUGAACCUGAAGAAAUAAACCCAAGCAAAAAUAAAGAAGAGCCUAUGCAAGUUGCUGAAGAUGAAGCAGUUGAUAAGCUUGAUGAUGACGCCUCAGUUGACCAACUUGACAUCAGCAAAGAAAAAGUUGUUUCACAAGAAGAUAAUAUUUCCUAUUUCAAACCCGAAGAUCAAAACUUCAUGGACGACAUUGUUGAAGAAACAAAGCAGAUUCUUGAAGAAACAGAUGAUAACUUUGACGAAGGUAACGCCGCAGAUGACAACGGUGAGGAUGAAGCCAACGACAAAUACGCAGAAGAAGCAGCUAAAGAUAUCCUAGAGUCUUCUCAGGGCGAUUUAAUUGCAGAGGAUACCGUAGACAAAGUAUACGAUGAUCUGAACGAGGAUUUGGAGAAACUAAUGGAAACUUGGAGGAAACUGAAUGACGAAAAUCCGGAUUACGUCGAACCGGAGAAAAACGCAGAUGAUGACUUAAAACCAGACCAGAUUUCUGAAUACGAAGAAAAGUUUGGAGUACCUUAUGGAGAAAAAUACGUACUAUCACUCCGGGAAGACUACGAUGCUGCUAAUAAUGAAGAGAAAAUGUCGGAUGAAAUCGAUGAUGCCGUCAAUGAAGAAGAUGAAAAAGACACAGAAGUAGAAAAAGUAGAAAACAAAAAUAGCAAGGAUAUUGAAAAUGACGGUGAAAAAACUAUGGAUAUUAAAAAUGAAGAAGAAAUCCAAAAUUAUGACGAUGAUGACGGUCUGUUUAAAGACGAUCCAGAGGCUGAUGACGCCACGUCAGAAGAAGAUGAUGAUGAUGAAGAUGAGGAUGACGAUGAUGAAGCAGUAGACAUGGAAGAAAAAUUGAUAGAAACCGGCGACGAUGGCAUACUCGAUGUAAAUAACUCUGAUGCUGCCGAUGACGUAAAUCUUAAUGCUGUUGUUUCUGAAAGUAAAACUAUCAAUGAAAAUGUAGAGACAAUUGUUCGUGACAGUAAACAACCACCUGAUACUAUCAAUGAAAAUAUACAGACAAAAACUUCACCUGCAUCAAACGAAGACAUAGAUGGUGAAAUUAUCGCUUCAGAAACUGUCACACCUAUUGACGUCAGCAGCCUUAACGCCGAGCAAUAUGACCAGCUGAUGGUGGAGUACGUUAAAGCGCAUGCCGACGAAUUGAGCCUUAAUAAUAUUGACGACGGAGAGACGCCGAUACGCAUGACUCUGACGCAGGAACCUCUGGUGGUGACGUCACCAAACUACCCGAAUCCGUACCCAACCAACAACAUUGUGGACUGGAUAUUCACCGGCGAAGGGAGAGGCAUAGAACUGAACAUCACUGACUUCUUCGUAAAUGGUGUUAUUGGUGACUACGUUCUGUUCAAGCCAGGUGGUCUCGAUGCAUCGGGUGAAGAAGGCCUGGUGUUCUCGCACAUGCUCAACGAACCUCGUCGCUACCGGUUCCUGGACGUGGACCAGAUGUUCGUCAGGUUCGUGGCCCAUCAAGGCUUCUCCUUCAGGAGAGGUUUCCAGUUCAGCGUCAGGAUGGUUGUGCCUCCCGAAGAGGACUCGUUACAACCUGUCCCCGAACCAGAAUCGUUGGUACCGGAACCAGCUGAAACCUUCACGAUCCUCAUCGGAGGCUUGACCCUGCCCGAGUUCAAAGAGUCCGAAGAGGCCUUCCGCACCAUCAUCGCUGAAAUGGCCAUAAUGUACAUCAACUCUAACGGCAUCGAGCAGGGACUAAAUUCUACUCGCGACGUGACGCAAAUCACUAACAUCGGCGUUUGCAACCUGAACUGGCCCAACGCAGCCCGCUGUUCCGAAGUCACCUUCGGGGUGCCUCUGGUGUAUGAGGAUGAUCGCGAGCCACGGCUGACCCAGGCCGAGUUACGGGCCAUGUGGUACCUGUACAGCACGCAGGAUCCCUUCGCUUUGAGGCUCAGCGCGAUGGGCAUGGAGGAGUUCCUGCCUCCGAACGACAGCGGCGUGCUGACGGCGUGGCUGGUGGCCGGCUUCGGGCUCCUGGUCUGCGUGGUGGUGCUGGCUCUCGCGCUGUGGCGGUACAGCUGCUUCGAGAAUUACGACAGGAUGCCGACGUACAGCGACCGCGACAGCGUGUACAGCGAGAAGCAGGGCCUGGACCUGUACCCCACGCCGCACCAGACGCUGCCGCCGCUCUUCGCCGAGAACGAGUACAAGUGGGACGACGGGAAGUUUGAAGACUCCACGAGGGUAGACAUGGGCGGGUUCACCAACAAGAGCUACAACCGAGACGAGCUCUUCGACAUAGAGUCGGAUGAGGACGUCAUCGCGCCCAACAAGCAUGAUAGGUACACCACAGACGUGUAGCCGAUUGUACAUAACUGCUAUACUGACAAUUAAGAUGGAACUACCAACCGAGGCACUUGGUAUGAGUCUAGCAGAGAAGUAUGUCGUAGUUAGUAUAGCAGCCGAUCGCGGUUUUGUUGUGAUUUUGCCAGUUAUACAGAAUGGUACUGAAUAAAGUGUGCAAAAGAAAGAUGAUCCUAUUAUUCCAAUACACCAAAAAACUAAACUAAAAAUAUAACAAUUUCCAACAAAAAGCUCGUGAGUUGUUUUUUUUUUUUAUUUAAGUCAUAGGAUCAACAGUUUUCUUUUUUGCAAUUUAGUCAGGACUAUGCUGUUAAUGUGCUAAGUACAUUCAUAUAGUAGAUAAAAUACCAAUAUAUUCUCUAAGAUUACCCAAAAAUAAACUGAAACCUUCAUAUUUUAAUCAGAGCUAUCUCUGAACUAAGUGCCCACAAAAUUGGUUCAGAAGUUUAGUAAAAAUAACUAAUAAUUUUGUAUUAAAACUGACCGGAUAUUGUAUAUAAAUUCUUAUAAUUUUACAAGGGAACCGGAUUCAGACGUACUUUAAUAAAU